UGUUUCGACGCGGAGGUGGUGGCAGUGCCAGUGUAUACCGGGCAGACCCGCAGCGCAGAUGGCGAUCAUAGACUACAAGGCACUCUUCUGCGUGCUGCUCAUAUCCUCCUUCACUCGCCAGAACGAGGAUAAGGACACCAACCCCUUCCUGGAGGCGGCGCGUUCGAUGAUGGAGUCCCACGAUUCGGGUGGCCAGGGAAUGGGCAACAUGAUACAGUCCUUUAUGCAGAGCGGGGGUGGCAAGCAGCUCGGCGAGAUGUUCGCUGCCCAAGGGGAUGCCGCGGAUUGGCUCAGCAGACUGGGGUCGAUUCUGAGCGGGGGCGGUGCCGGGGGCGGCGGAGCCGGGGGUGGGAUGAACGCCGAGCUGCUGGGACAGAUGGUGGAGAUGAUCUCGGGGAUGGCUACCUCAGCCCAAGACGAGAAUAACAGCAACGUCGAUGACAACAACAACGAGGUUCGUUCCAGCGGUAGAGCAAAGCACGAUGGAGCGGGCGCCGGAGUGAACUGGGAUUCUAUGAUUGAUCUGGCGGCCAGCUUCAUGUCUCAGGGCCAAGGGCAGGGACAGGGAAGUCCUCUAGAAGGAUUGAUGAACAUUUUACCGGCCCUGCUACAGACGGGACACGCCCAUCACGACGACGACACAGAAGACGUCGAGGAGCAUCGGCGACACGAAAAGGCUACUUCCUUGCUUCCGCCAUUCCUGAACACUAUCUAUCAGUAUUGGGACCACUUCAAGGAGUCCGAGCUCGGACGUACUCUCUGGACCAACAGUGGGCUCGAAGCCAUCUUCCAGCUGUUCACGGACGACCAAGGUCACUUCCAGACUGAUCGCAUCUUCGAAUCCAUGGAGAACCACAGCUUCAGGAGGAGAUGGAUACGAAGUCUCACCAGCUUCGUGGCCGAGUGGAUCAAACAUGUGGCGGAUCCUGCUACACAAGCCAGGUACCUGGCCACCAUGCAGUUCAUGGGCAAUGGGUUCCUGAAGGCGCAGGGCUACUCCAAGGCGGUAAUGUUUGACCCAACCAGGCCCAGUGAGAGCCUUAGUCUUCUGGCCAAUGCCAUCUUUAAGCGACAGUUUGGCCUCAAGGUCAACUCUGGUGUCUACAUCAAGCCAGCUGUCGCAUAUGUACAGGAUGUGCUGAGGCUAGGUCAGAGCAAAGGCAUGAGCCUGUCCCACUUGAGUUCUCAGGACAUCGAGAACAAGCUGGCUGAGACUCUCAACGGUGAAGUGCUGGAGCCUGUCCUGAGGGUCUGGAGGGUCUACAAGUUCACACUCAGAGCACCUCACUGUGACCGAAACCUGGUUUGUGAGCUGAAUAGGUUUCCACCAGGGACGGAAGGUCCAGCAGGAUUAAAACCUGGUGUCACUAAACUUGCCAGUUUGAUGGCAUCUUGGUUCAUGUCUGGACACACGGGUACAGCCUUUUGGAAGCUCUACAAUGCUGCGGUGGAGGACCACAACUGUCAGGUUAAGUAUCCUGCAGAUUGCACGCAAUUCCACGAGGAAGAUCUCAGAGUAACAACAGCAAAAUACUAUCAUAAUGAGCUUUAGACUGAUCACUGAGGGGAAUAUGAAGCACAGUAUUUGAAAUUCUGCUGAAACAAAAUUAAAAUCUCUCAACAAAAAUAUUUUGCACAAUGUAAUUAUGAAAACAAUACGGUAAUGUAUAGAAACAAGUGUAUUUGUAACUUACUAUUUUUGUCCAAAACAGAAUUUCAUUUUAAAUCUAAAACAAUUAUUUAAGUUUAGAAAUAGAUAUUUACUUUUAUUAUGUAACAAUUAUCAGAUGAACUAAAAUAUUGUUAUACAAUUUGAGAUUUUGGAUUUAUAUACACUUUGAAGUUUAUAAUGAGUUACGUAAUUUCACUUUUUUGUACGAAAUGUAUAUAUUAUACUUUUCAAUCUCAUCUGUACAUAGGAUCACAAUACUUAGUUUUAUGAAUUAGUCUUAGAUAUAAUUUGUUACAAGAUAAUGGAGUAAUCAGUAUUUAUUAUUAAUAAAUUAUUGUUUUUGUAA